AUGAGCCGUCUAGCUUCAUUCAAGGGGCCUUCAACGCCCACUUCCUCCCCCGUUCGUGUCAAACAAUCACAGUCACCAUACUCUCCAUCUAGACCUACCGAAUCAACCUACCACCGCAAAGUUCGAACAGCAUUGCAAGAGCUCCGCACCGUCGCCGAAACAUGGGAUGACAUCGUUCUCAUAGAUGGCUUAAAAGCCGCUAAGAGUCUCGUGGAUGCUAGAACGGAUCUUGAUAACGAACUCUCUUUACUUCCAGCCGGAUCCCAGCCAGACCAUCAUAUUGUAGGGCCGAAAAUCGCCACGAUGGAGCAGCGCAUAUCUGACUUGAAUGCGGUUAUCGAGAAGCUCAAGAAACAAUUUCAGAGGAUGAACGCAAUAGCAGAGAAUCUCGAGGCCACGCUAUAUGAAGCUCACAAGACCAAGGGAUGGCAGUGGGUCCAGGAGUCAAUGUGGACGACAUGGUCACUGGAACGUUUCGUCUCGACCAUCCCUCGCGUCCUGCCUCCGUAUCGCCGAUCCCUCGAGAUGCACAUUGAGAUUGUUGAUAUUGUCAGGAGCCAUGAGGUGACCUUUGAGGCGUCUCGCGAGGCCAUUGCGAAAUGGGUCGCCCAGCCGUAUCUCGAAGAACACAGUUGGGACGUGGAAUGGGAAGAUCUCUGUGAAGCUGAGAUUGACCGUUGGGAUGGACUUAAAUGA